UAGUCUUCUAGUCACUAUAUAAUAUGGCGUAGAAGAAAAAUUAUCUAUAGGUGUUGCGAGCACACAGUCUACAAUGGAGUAUUUGCAACAAUUCUCCAUUUUCCCAGCCUUUUUCACUUUCCUCUUGUUCAUCUUCAUUCUACAAAGGAAACUCAAAACCUCCUCCGCAAAACUAGCCCCAGGGCCAUGGAAGCUGCCAAUAAUAGGAAACAUGCAUCAACUCCUUGGCUUUCUGCCUCAUCACCGCCUAAGAGAUUUAUCAAACAAAUACGGCCCUGUAAUGCAUCUCCAGCUCGGCCAGGUUUCAAAUAUCGUCAUUUCUUCCCCAGAAGCUGCCAAACAAGUAAUGAAAACUCAUGACAUUGUUUUCGCUCAAAGGCCUUUUCUCCUCGCAGCGAAUAUUUUCAUGUAUAACUUCAAAGACAUUGCUUUUGCUCCUUACGGAGAAGGUUGGCGACAGAUGCGAAAAAUUUGUACUCUUGAGCUAUUAAGCACAAAACGGGUAAGAUCAUUUAGAGUAAUCAGAGAAGAGGAGACAUCAAAAUUUAUUAGAUCCAUCUUCAGUUUAUCGAAUGUUAAUAUUAGUAAGAUGGUGUUUUCCUUAUCAAACACCAUUGCGUUAAGGUCUGCAUUUGGCAGGUUUUGUGAACACCAAGACGCUUUCUUGCCACUUGUGCAAAAAAUUGUCCAGAUGUUAGAAGGUUUUAGUGUUGCUGAUAUUUUCCCUUCUGUUAAAUUUCUUCAUGGAAUUACUGGGAUGAGGAGUAAAUUGGAGAAGUUGCAUCAAGAAGCGGAUAUAAUUCUUGAAAAUAUAAUACAUGAACAUAGAGAAAAUAAGAGAUUAGGUAGCAGCAGUUCGCAAGGCAAAGAAGAUGAUCUUGUUGAUGUUCUUCUGAAUCUUCAAGAUCAAGAUAAUCUUGAAUUCCCUUUGACCACAGAAAAUAUAAAAGCAGUCAUGCUGGACAUUUUCUUAGCUGGAACCGAACCAUCUGCUACAACAAUAGACUGGGCAAUGUCUGAAAUGCUGAAAGAUUCAAGAGUAAUGAAAAAAGCACAAGAUGAGAUAAGACAGGUGUUUAAUCAAAAAGAAAAUAUAGAUGAAACAAGACUUGAUGAAUUGAAGUAUCUAAAGUUAGUUAUUAAAGAAACUUUAAGGUUACAUCCUCCAGCUCCUUUGCUUCUUCCAAGAGAAUGUCUAGAGACAGUGAAGAUCGAUGGAUAUCAAGUACCAAUCAACACCAAAGUCAUUGUUAACGCAUGGGCGAUUGGAAGAGAUAGUCGUCACUGGACAGAAGCUGAGAAAUUUUAUCCAGAGAGAUUUCAGAAUAAUUCUAUUGAUUUUAGAGGAAAGGACUUCGAACUUCUCCCGUUCGGUGCUGGAAGAAGGAUGUGUCCUGGUAUAGCAUAUGGAAUGGCAGUUGUUGAGCUUGUGCUUGCAAAUCUGUUAUUCCAUUUUGAUUGGAAACUAGCAAAUGGAAUGGAACCACAUCAUUUAGACAUGUCUGAAUGUUUUGGAGCUUCAGCUAGGAGAAAAAAUGAGCUGCACUUGAUUCCCAUUCCAUACCACGUUUUACCUUCAAAGUAAGUUAAAGUGAUUCAGAAAAUGAUAUUAGAUUUCUUUUGUUCAAAUUGCUUAUGAAGCAUCCACUUCAACCCAUGUGCCACAAAUUUUAAAUUGUUGGUUAUCCUCCGACGAGAAUCUCAAUGCGCCCUUUUGUAUCAUGUAAUGAAUAAAUUUUGCAGUAUGAUUAGUGGGUGGGUAGUCGCGAUGUCCAAAGAAUCAACACAGUAGUUCGAAAUAAAAAAAAGUAAUAUUGUUCUUCACAACCAAACAAUUAGCUUUUACUCUCAAAUGCCCUUAGCGCUGUCCAUUUUUCUCUUCAAGGAAAGUUGCCAGGAAAAAAGAAAAAAAAAAGAUUUAAUAGGGGCUUUUUUUUUUUUUUUCUUUUACUAGAGAUAUUAUUAAUAGAAGUAAUUUAGUUGUAUAGAACAGUAGUUAUGAAAU